AUGUCAGUUACAUCGGGUCCACCUGAAUUACCGCCUGAUUCUCCUGGUUCUGCUGUUUCAUCACGCUUGCAGAAUGAAUAUGAUGAUUUAUUACGACGAGCUAUUGUUAUUUCCACGAAUGGCCUUACAACAAAAGUCACAAUGAAUCAAGCAGCACUUGGACUUGGACAACGACCUACGAAUAAAAAAAAAAUUCAAGUCGAAGAUCUCAUUGAUUUAAGUAGUCCAGAGACACAUCGAACUGACAUGUCACUAUCUGUAAUUGACACUCAACGACAACAGUUAUCACAAAUUCCAUCACUUCAACAAUUGCUUAGUACAGCAGCAACAGGUUCAUUAAAUGAACAACAAAAUAUUGAAAAUUCAGUAACACCAAGAGACUGUGAUGAUCCAAUAGUACACCAUCUUCUUCGUUAUUCUGAAUUCAUGUCAAAUAAUUUAGAAUCAAAACCUAUAACUGAGAAAAUGGAUCAUUGGUAUUUGGAUCUUAAAAAAAAUUUAAUGACUGAAUUUGACAAAUUACGAUUACAAUUUCUUGAAGAAGCACAACAAACUACUUUACGUGAAAAACAAGCUCAAGCAAAAGAUUAUAUACGUUUAAAUCAAGAUAUUAAAACAAUGCGUGAAAUGUUAACACAUUAUGAACAUACAAUCGAUCAAAAAGAUCAAACAGAAAAAAAUCUUAAUAAAGCAUUAGAUUUAUUAUAUAAUAAAACUGUUGCUUACCGUCGUUAUUAUGAAUGGCGUAUAAAAGCAUUAACAAAUUGGAAGCAUUUAGUUGAACAAGGAUGGAAAAAACGUUUUGAAUUAGCUUGUGAGAAAAAAGCUAAAAAUGUCUUGAUUGAAUUAGGUAAUGAAUAUGAAUUAAAAUAUAAACAAUUAGAAUUGGAAUUAUUAAAUGCCAAUGAAGAAAUAGCUCGAUUAAAAGUUGAUAAAGGUGAUCAUGAUGAAGCCAUGAAAAAAGCUUUUAUGCGUGGAGUUUGUGCCUUAAAUAUGGAAGCAAUGUCUGUUUUACUUAAAAAUGAAAAUGAAUUAGAAACAACAACAUCAACAGUUGAAGAUCAACAACGUCGAUGUUGUAAUCAUCAUAAUAGUACUGAUGAACAAGUUACUGAUGAGAGUAAUCAAGAAAAUGGUUUAAAACCUUCAUCAUCAUAUCAUCAGACAUUUCCAACACAUGUUUAUAAAGAAUCUUUACCAAGUACAAUUUAUCGUACAGGAGAAGCACGUUCUAUUCGUCCUACAACGACUAAUCAACAACGUCAUGUAACAUUUCAUAAACGUCAAUCGAGUGGAACAAAUCGAUCGCGUUAUCCAAAUAAUAAUGUUUUAGUUGAACGACAUGCUCCAACAAAUAAUAUUCGCUCCUAA